GUGUACCGCGACUGCGUGCUGCGCUGCGAGGAACGGAACUGCUCAGGGGACGCGCUGAAGCACUUCCGCUCCCGCCAGCCAAUCUACAUGAGCCUAGCAGGCUGGACCUGUCAGGACGACUGUAAGUAUGAGUGUAUGUGGGUUACCGUUGGCCUCUACCUCCAGGAAGGUCACAAAGUGCCUCAGUUCCAUGGCAAGUGGCCCUUCUCCCGGUUCCUGUUCUUCCAAGAGCCAGCUUCUGCUGUGGCCUCUUUCCUGAAUGGGCUGGCCAGCCUGGUGAUGCUCUGUCGCUACCGCACCUUCGUGCCAGCCUCCUCGCCUAUGUACCCCACCUGCAUGGCCUUCGCCUGGGUCUCCCUCAAUGCUUGGUUCUGGUCCACAGUCUUCCACACCAAGGACACGGACCUCACAGAGAAAAUGGACUACUUCUGUGCCUCCACCGUCAUCCUGCACUCCAUCUAUCUGUGCUGUGUCAGGACUGUGGGGCUGCAGCGCCCAACUGUGGCCAGUGCCUUUCGGGCCCUCCUGCUGCUCAUGCUGACGGCGCACGUCUCCUACCUGAGCCUCGUCCGCUUUGACUAUGGCUACAACCUGGCGGCCAACGUGGCCAUUGGCCUGGUGAACGUGGUGUGGUGGCUGGCCUGGUGCUGGUGGAACCGGCAGCAGCUGCCUCACGUGCGCAAGUGCAUGGCGGUGGUCCUGCUGCUGCAGGGGCUGUCCCUGCUCGAGCUGCUGGACUUCCCGCCCCUCUUCUGGGUCCUGGAUGCCCACGCCAUCUGGCACAUCAGCACCAUCCCCGUCCACGUCCUCUUUUUCAGCUUCCUGGAAGAGGACAGCCUGUACCUGCUGAAGGAAUCGAAGCUGGACUGAGGGCCCGGGAGCGAGUCUGCCCUCCUGGGGACUCUGCUCCCUCCUGGCUGGCUCCUCUUCUCCCCAGCCCUUGCGAUGAUUUAUUUUUUGAACUUAGACUUGGAGGGUGUGGGCCCAGAAUCAUGUAAUAGGCCCACCGCCCGGCUCGCCCCCACCUGGCCCUCACAGGCUCGUGUUGGGGCCUGGCCUCUGAGCAUCCGGGGCUAGAGGAUGGGCGGCCCCUCUGGUUCCUGAACUGAACUGUGUUCUCGGCUCCGCCAAGAGGAGAGCGGCCUCUGCUUGCCCGCCAGCCAGCCACCUCCUCACCUCCCCUCUCCGCCUGGUGGCUGGCAGAGACCUCUGUCCAGCCCGGAGACCAGGUGCCAGGCCGUCUUUGAUGCAGUCGGAUUUCCUCCUGUUACCCCCGUGCCCUCCUCCAGGGACCACUAGGUGGCACUAGACGCCUGCUCUUUGGCUGCCCAUGUUUCCAGGCCCAGUGCAUUCCACCCCAAGGGGUCUUGAGAGACCACCCAGUUGGAACUGGUGGGCGCAGGCCUGGGGUGUGCGGGAUGCUGGGUGGGGCAGUGUGUGUGAACCCUGGCCUGGGGCAGUGUGGAGGCGUCGGGGUGGGGGUGAAUGGCUUUGACGUGUGUUGUUAAGCCCCGGCCGGUGCUUCAAGCUCGGUUGGUUAAAGCGUCAUCCCGAUGUGCCAAAGUUGUGGGUUCGAUCCCCGGCCAGGACAUAUAC